AUGAACACAAGAGAACUAGCCUUUUAUGAGCUAAUGGACGAUAAUUUACGACAAUUUGUACCGGACUAUUGCGGUCGUGUUCGUGUGUGCGCAACCGUAGAAGAUGAUGGCGACUUACGGUUGAUUGCCGAACCAAUAGUAGAGUGUCACCCGAGGUUAAAGAAGUCUGGAUCAGUUCGGUUUCGUUUGGGAGAAUCCAGAAGAGUUGAAUUGAUAACGGAUCGUGUGCCUCACAAUUACUGGGCUGCUGAUUGUCAAAGCUUGGUUGUUCAUAAGUUGCUUGAAGGUUCGUAUUCGUGGUUUAUCCUUCUGAACAACAUCGUGGCGACAUUCUCCCUUCCGUGCGUCCUCGAUCUUAAGAUAGGCACGAGGCAACAUGGAGACGAUGCUUCUGAGUCUAAACGCCGUAGACAAUUGAGGAAGUGCCGCGAGUCAACCAGUGCUACGUUAGGAGUGAGGAUGGUCGGAAUGCAGCUGUAUGAAUCUAGAACAAAAUCGUAUACCUUCGUUGAUAAACAAGAAGGUCGACGGAUGGACGCAAGUGAGUUCCGAUCACAUCUGCAAAAAUUUGUUCGCUACUGUGGUAUUGGCAGAGCAGCUCGCCUUAGACAUAAGUGGGUUUAUUUGUUUGUCAUUUUGUUGCAUUUUUUAGUUUCUAUUUUCAUUUCCUCUGUGUUUUAUGUAAGCAAAAAUUUUGGUUCAUAA